AUGAAGGGUUUGCCAACCAGGGAAACUGCCAACAUAGAGGAAUAUGCAAAUGACUAUGAAGACAGAGACAUGAGACCUCUCUUUGGUGCUUGUUGGCCGGGCAACCAGGGCUACGCCCUCCCAGAGGCUCUGGAACUUGCCUUGGGUCUCCUGAACCGAAAAGCACAGAUCUCGCCUUCCUCCUGGAAGUCACCUUGUCCUUUGGAGCCGCUGGCUGCAGGAGGUGGCUUCCUCUGGCUGGUGACAAGCUGGCUCCUUGGUGCGGAGAGCUCUCGGUCUUCCAAAACCAGGGCCGGGAGGGGAGACCGAAGAGAGGAAGGGGCGGGAAAGGAGAGAGGAGGAGAGAGCCCGGGAGAUUUGGGAUAUGACACCCGAUCCGGCCAAGCAGCGGGGCGCCCACCGCCCCCAAGAGUGGUGCAUUUCUUCACAGGGACCAGAAGUGUAGGCCGGCUCCGGAGCGAGUACAACUUCAUCGCGGAGGUGGUGGAGAAGGUAGCGCCAUCUGUGGUUCACUUGCACCUGUUCUGCAGGUCACCUCUUAGCAACAAGGAUAUUCCUGCAUCCAGUGGCUCUGGGUUCAUAGUGUCUGAGGAUGGGCUCAUUGUUACCAAUGCCAAAGUCCUCACCAACCAGCAGCGGAUCCAGGUGGAGCUCCAGAGUGGCGUCCAGUAUGAAGCCACUGUCAAGGACAUUGACCAUAAAUUGGAUCUUGCACUGAUUAAGAUCGAGCCAAAUACUGACCUUCCUGUAUUGAUGCUGGGAAGGUCCUCUGACCUGCGGGCUGGAGAGUUCAUGGUGGCCUUGGGCAGCCCGUUUUCUCUGCAGAACACAGCAACCGAAGGGAUUGUCAGCACUACACAGCGAGGGGGCAGAGAGCUGGGGCUGAAGAAUUCAGACAUGGACUGUAUCCAGACAGAUGCCAUAAUUAAUCAUGGCAACUCUGGGGGCCCUCUGGUGAACUUGGAUGGUGACGUGAUUGGCAUAAAUACAUUGAAGGUGACCGGGGGAAUCUCCUUCGCAAUUCCCUCAGAUCGAAUUCAACAGUUCUUGGCAGAAUUCCAUGAGCGCCAGUUGAAAGAUAAGGGGAGAAAGGCUCUUUCACAGAAGUAUCUCAGUCUGCGAAUGCUGCCUCUCACUAUGAACCUUCUUCAAGAGAUGAAAAGGCAAGAUCCAGAUUUCCCUGAUGUGAGUUCUGGGGUCUUUGUGUAUGAGGUGAUUCAAGGAACAGCUGCUGAAAGCUCUGGGUUGAGAGACCACGAUAUAAUUGUCAGCAUAAAUGGGCAACCUGUUACCACCACAACCGAUGUUAUUGAAGCUGUUAAGGACAAUGAUUCCCUUUCCAUCAUGGUUCGUCGAGGAAGUCAGACUUUGAUCCUGACAGUCACAUCUGAAAUAAUCAAUUAAGUAUCAAGCUUUAAAGAGAAAUCAUCUAACAAAACCAAAGCUAUAUUACCUGGUUUGUACUGAAGAUGUGCCA